AUGUUUCUUAAAUUGUUACCACUAUUUGUGGGGCUAUCUCUCUGUGCAGGAUCUGAGCAUAACCUGUUGCAGGAUCAAUUGAAAGAGAAUCUUGAUAUUAUCAGGCCAAAAACUGACGAUUUAGCUCCAGAUUACUCAAAAGAACAAGUCCAAAAAUUUUUCAUGGUAGGGGAUUUCGGAGAUUACAAGCAUAAAGAAAAUAUCGAUGGAAUGACUGACAUCAUGAGCCAACUUGCUGCACAAGAUACUUAUGACUUCAUUCUCACCGUUGGUGAUAAUUUUUACCCUGACGGGAUAGAAUCUAUGGACGAUCUGGACCUUCCUGAUAAUAUCAUGAGCUUUUUCCAGAAGGACAAUAUCAGGGACCUCAAAAUGUUUCCCAUCUUGGGCAAUCACGACUGUUUCAGUGAUUACUAUAACCAAAUUCUAUACAGUGAUUACAACAAACAAUGGGAGAUGGAGUCUGAUUAUUAUGAACUCAAGUACAACCUUAAAGAUGAUCCCUCGAAAUAUCUUGUCAUACUCAUGACUAAUACCUGCUUGCUCGCAUGCAACACUUCUUUCGACUUGCCGCUAGGAGACACUGGCUCAGACUGAGAUGAAAUGAAUGUCGAAAUAGGCGAAGAAUCUGUCCAGAUUCAUUACCAAUGGCUGGAAAAUAAACUGAAGAAAUAUUCCAAGGAUCCCGAUGUUGCCUGGCUAGGAAUUGCAGGACAUCAUCCAACAAUCCGUGAAGCUUCUCUGAAGCAGGAUUUACUUCCUCUUGUUCAGAAAUAUAAAGUAGAUUUCUACUUAACAGGCCACAAACACCAGUUUGAUUACACAAAUAUUGGCUAUGAUGAAGGAAUCAGGUUUCCUGGCAGUGAUAGAGGGCCGGUACUAGAUGACUGUGAUGGGAAGAUAGUUAAAGAAAUCAUGAACACUGAGUCAAGAGACCAAUAUUUUAAGAAAGGCGAAAAGCUCCAUCAGUUCAUGAUAGGUGCCAGUGGGAAGAAAUUAAGAAAGAUUUGUCCAUACAAAGACCAAGAUGGGCAUGUAUAUAUCCAAAAUGUUGAAAAUAGUGGCUUGGCUAUCUUCGAAGUGGACUCAAAGCACUUCAAUGUCAAGUACUACAACAAUGAGGAUCUGUCUUACUUUUAUUCGGUUACCAUUUCUUCUGAGUAAAAUUCCUAGUGCUCAUUUUCAA